AUGGCUGACUUUGCCACCAUCCGGCUUCAUCUCUGUAUGGAGGCAGUUCCCAUGGCAACGGCCAAUCAGAAAAAGAGGAUGCUGCCAGCUAAGGACCAGCCAUCCGGGCAGGCAAGCUUCAUGGAUAGGUGUGGACUGAUGGCCACGGACGGAGGGCACACCUGUGGCUGUCAGCGGGGUCCAAACAUGGAGCAGGGCAAAUGGUACGGCGUCCGUUCGUACCUGCAUCUUUUCUACGAGGAUUGCACUGGCACCCAUUCGGAGGACAAUUUGGAGAAUGCUGCUACGUCCCCCACCAAGGAUGACCGGACCCCCGUCUUCUGGAAGGUGACACUUUCAGCCGGGACUCUGCUGUUGCUCACCGGCGCGGCGGCUCUAACCACGGGGUCCCUCCUGCCCUCCAAGUUGGAGGACAUUGGAGAAGCUGAGUUUGUGGUGCUGGACCAGCGAGCCGUAGAGUACAACGACGCCCUGGGCAUCUGCCGAGCUGUCGGUGUGGUGCUGUGUGCCGUUGCUGGGGUGUUGCUGGUGGCCUCGGUUGUGUUGUCCAGGGUUGGCAGAAGGAACCGGACUGGCUAUCCAGGCGACAAUGGCAAGGAAGAACAGCUGUCGCCCAUCUUGCAGGAGAAUGCCCCCCAUCCGUGGGGUGCCAUCGUCUCAGCGACCCCCGCCCCUUUCCAAGUCUCCUGGGUACAGGGCGUCCAGCCAAAGGGAGAGAUGUGA